AUGAAUCCUCACCAGAAGAACAAGAUUGACGUGAGCUCCCUCUCCCCCGAGGAGCAGCGUCUCUUUCGCCUCUACGGCAAGCUCCCCUCCCAGAAGGACCGCUUCAUGAAGAACAAGCUGGGCGAGCGCAAGUACUUCGACAGCGGCGACUACGCGAUGAACAAGGCGGGCAAGGGCGACGGCAUGGAGACAGGCCACGUCGGCAGCGAGCACCCGGACCCAGAGAGCAUCCGCCACGGCAGCGUCGUGUCGCCCGUAACCGCUGGCGCCGGCGGCGCCUCCCCUGUUGUCCCCACCCUCACCAAGAGCGGCAGUGUCUCUGGUCCCAGCACCGCCGGCUUCAUCCCCGUGGGCAGCCCCGCUAAGGAGAGCGGCCUGCAGAGGGAGACGAGUGUCGAGGACACCGAGGACGCGGCGGGCGAGAAUAAGGAAAACAAUGCUGCAGCUGGCGGAGACGGCGCUGCGCAGCAGGGGAUCCCCAUCCGGUCAUGA